AUGGCGGUUGUCGCUAACGCAGCAAUUGGCGAUGGCAAGGUGCCUUCGCAAGAGCCCAACUGCGACCUGGAGUUGUUGCAAAAAUUAGUGGGGCCAACUGGCGCAUGGCGAAGUUGGAGCUCACAGUUGCACCAUCACGAUCCGGGGUUGGCUCAAGCGCUGGGCGCAUUCAUCCGGUACCAGAAGCCAAAGAAGGUCAUUGACAUGGGCUGUGGCUCCGGCUUCUACGUGCGAGCAUUGCGCGCACGUGAAGUAGACUGUGACGGGUUUGACGGGCACGAAGACACUGAGACUUUGACUGGUGGUCUCUGCUACUGCGCCGAUUUCGCAGACCCCGAGCUGCCGCUGAAGAUUGCCUCGGAAGGGUACGACUGGUGCAUCUGCCUCGAAGUCUUCGAGCAUGUGCCUAAAGAUCUGGAGGACAAGCUGGUGGAUUGCCUCGUGGCCGGAUCCGGAAAGGGCUUGGUGCUGUCUGUUGCGACUCCUGGCCAAGGAGGUCUCGGCCACGUGAACGAGCAGCCACAUGAGUACGUUAUUCGACGCCUGGAGGAGAGAGGCCUCGUCUUGGAUACAAAUUCCCACCUGAGGCUCCGGCAGUACUGUCAGCUUCCCUGGUUCAGGGAAAACCUGUUGGUGUUUCGGAAGCCAGACUCGCCAGACAGCUGCUCCGACCCAUCUUGCCAUGGUUGUGCGCAAAAAUGCAUCCUGCUCUGCACAUCUCUGCGCGGCGUAGCUUCUUUGAGUAGUGAGUAA